AUGCUAAAUUCCACCUUUUAUCCUUCCUUCUUUAUACUUGUUGGGAUUCCUGGUCUAGAGAAUGGACACGAGUGGAUCUCUACCUGCUUUGGUAUUUUUUAUAUACUGGCCUUGCUGGGAAAUAGAACACUAAUUGUUGUCAUCUCCACAUCGCCUGGACUCCACAAGCCCAUGUUUAUAUUACUUUCCCUGCUGGCAGCCAAUGACACCCUACUUUGCACAAGUUUCACCCCUAAAAUGUUGUGUAUCUAUUGGUUCCAAGCCAGACUCAUUAGCUUCGAUGCAUGUCUUCUCCAAAUGUUUUGUAUUCACUCCUUUACAAGCAUUGAAUCUGGGUUACUCUUGGCCAUGGCAUUUGACCGUUACAUUGCCAUAUGUCAGCCACUCCGGUAUGGUUCUGUAAUGACCAAUAGUCUGAUAAAGAAACUGUUCAUUGUGUUUCUGGUCAGAGCAGUGGUUUUGGUUGGUCCAUUGCCGAUUUUGAUCAAGAGAUUUUCUGCCUUCAAGACCAACAUCAUAGCGCAUUCCUACUGUGAGCAUAUGGCAGUUGUAAAACUUGCCGCUGCUGACAUUACGGUAAAUAGCGCUUGGGGGUUGAUUGUGGCCUUCACUAUUCUCGGUGUUGAUUUGUUAUUUAUUCUAACAUCAUACGCCAUGAUUUUCCAUGCAGUAUUCAGUCUGCCGUCUAUAGAGUCUCGUCUGAAAGCAUUUAACACGUGUACACCCCAUAUUUGUGUCUUUCUAAGUUUAUAUGUCCUAGCCAUCUUUUCUUUCCUAUCUCACCGGUAUGGUCAUGGGAUUCCACCUUAUAUCCAUAUUAUUCUCUCUGACAUGUAUCUACUGGUUCCACCCAUGCUGAAUCCAAUUGUGUAUGGCCUGAAGACAAACCAGGUCCGGAAACAAUUUUGGAAAGUCUUAGAUAAUUUUAAAUAUGUACCAUCUUUUCAUUAA